UUGUGGAAACGCGUUAUGCAAAAUAUUUCAGUUCUUGGUGUUGGACAUGCAAUUUCCUGUCCUACUUGGUCCUACUAAAAUAAUCUGUGACUGUGUUUCUUUAUCUGUUUGAUAUUACUGUACUUACUGUACUGAAUUUAACUAAAAUCAAUAAUAAAUAAUGCGUCCGCCAUUGUGUAAUCUAUGUGGUAUUUUUUACAUGUUGUACAAAGUUUAGAGUUAAAAUGCAACGAUCUAAUAAUAGGAACAUCGAAGUACUACUAAUUUUAUAACAAUGACCGUAUUUUACAAAGUUGUAAUCGUGCUUCUUUUUGCCAAAUCAGUGCAUCCUUAUUGUGGUCCAUACAAUGGACAAAUUUGUAAGAAUUACACCACUGGUUACGUUUGGUAUAAUCGAACAGGCGGCCUCGAAAAUGAAAAAAUCACAACAAGUCUUUGGAAUGAAAUGAUUUCAACAUUAACUGAACCAUGUCGCAGCAGGGCCGAGAAAUUAUUAUGUGCUUAUGCCUUUCCUAAGUGCAUUGACAAAAACGGAACUGGAUAUCAUGGAUUACCUCUUUGUUACGAAGAUUGUAUGGCUGUAAAAAUGCAAUUUUGUUAUAAUGACUGGGUCGUAAUUGAAGAACAAAAACGAAGAGGAGUGUUCUUUGAAUCGAGAGGUCAUUUUCGACUUCCGGAAUGUGAAAAACUACCAAGACUAUCCGGAAAGGGUACUGAAGUGACUUGCAACAAUGCAGGCAUAACAGACAUGGAUUAUAGUCAGGUAACAACAUCAUGUAUCAAAGGAAAUGGUCGUUAUUACCAAGGAACUAUGAAUGUUACAGAAAAUGGACUAGCUUGUCAAGCUUGGGAAGCACAGUACCCACAUCAACACACAAGACCACCAUUAGUGUUCCCAGAAGUACAAAAUGCAACAAAUUAUUGUAGAAAUGCAGGAGGAGAGGAGCGAAAACCUUGGUGCUACACUAUGGACCCAGACAUAAGGUGGCAGCAUUGUAACAUACCCUUAUGUGCCAAUUCAAGUGAAGAAUUUGACAAUAUAGAUGGACCAAAUAUUGUUAUGGAGAACUAUUUUACACCAACAUUUGUUUUAUUUUUAUCAAUUGGUGGCCUUGCAUGCAUCUUAGGUAUUGCUUCUGUAACUCUACUGUGCCACUAUUUUUUGAAAAGCCAUUAUUCUAAAUUUAGUAUGUCAAGCCGUAGAAACAUGCAAAAUAUGGAUAUUGAUUUAGACAAAUUGCCGAGUAAUCUUGCCUAUCACACGACUGGAGCACAGCUCAAUCCGAAAUUAGAGAAAUUAGAAUUUCCAAGAAAUAACAUUAUUUAUAUCAGAGACCUGGGGCAAGGUGCCUUUGGGAGAGUUUUUCAAGCGAAAGCCCCGGGGUUGGUUCCAGAUGAAGAGUUUACACUUGUUGCAGUGAAAAUGUUAAAGGAUGAAGCUUCUCAUGACUUGCAGCUAGAUUUUGAAAGAGAAGCAUGUUUACUGGCUGACUUUGAACAUCCAAAUAUUGUGAAACUACUGGGUGUGUGUGCUAUUGGACGUCCCAUGUGUUUAUUGUUUGAGUAUAUGGGGAAAGGUGAUUUGAAUGAAUACCUGAGAGCUUGUAGUACAGCUACAAACUUCCCUCCAGUUGUAGAGAAUAGGGAAGACUUACGAUUACUUGCGACACCACUUAGCCAUUUAGAUCUAUUACACAUUGCUAGACAAAUAGCAUCAGGAAUGGUUUAUCUAUCCGAUCGAAAAUUUGUCCAUCGUGAUUUAGCCACAAGAAAUUGCCUUAUUAAUGAUGAUAUGGUUGUCAAGAUUGCCGAUUUUGGAUUAUCUCACAAAAUAUACUUACAAGAUUAUUACAAGGGAGACGAGCAUGAUGCUAUUCCUGUGCGAUGGAUGCCACUAGAGAGUAUUUUAUAUAAUAAGUAUACUUUAGAGUCUGAUGUGUGGGCAUAUGGAGUUUGUUUAUGGGAAAUAUUUUCCUUUGCUUUACAACCUUACUUUGGAAUGACGCAUGAAGAAGUUGUAAGGUUUUUAAAAGAUGGUAAUGUUCUUGCCUGCCCUGAUAAUACUCCACGCUGUAUAUAUGACCUGAUGAAACAAUGCUGGAGCCACCAUCCCAGUGACCGCCCCAACUUUAGAAUAAUAUAUCAAACUCUUGAUAACAUACAAAUGAUUAUUGAGAGAACUCAUUCUGAAUAAUUUGUGGUUAUUAAUUUAUUUAUUAGAAUAAUAGAUUUUUGUAUGGAUUUAAAUGGUUUAAUGUUUAAAUUGUAGCAUUUACAACUUUAUUGCCUAAGUGAUGAAAACAUGCACAUUUUUAAUUAUAUUAAAUCAGCACUUUUGCUGGAAAAUGACAGUACAUUUAAUUAAGGAUUCAAUUAUAUCCAGAAAGAUGUGACUAUGCCAUGAGUAUAUAAAUUGUUUUGAAUUGAUGUCCAACCUAACUUUAUAACCAAGCAAUACAGUGUAAUACAGAGAACUUUUUGCUUCAAACAGUUUUUCUGGUCUGCCAAAAAUGGCAUAAGCUAGGAAGAAAGUAUUAAUCAUGAAACAAAACUAUUAUUAUAUGAAGAAAAGUUAUUAAAAAAAAAUAACAGUUCGGACUUCACACAAAACAUGUUUGAAUUUGAUAAAAUGUCUUAUGAGGCUCAUGAAUUGGUAUUAAAAGAAAUAAACUAUGCUGUAAGUGAUGGUGUAAUUAAGACAUCAGUAUUAUAAAUGUCAUCAUUUAAAAUGUGUUUUGUCAAUAAAAGAAAUUAAUUAUGAUAAAAUGGACAACAUUGUUAAAAUGUUGCUUCCAAAAUAUUUAACUGUAAUUUUCAAUUUUAUGUUAAAAUGAACAUGUGUUAGAAAAGGAAUUGGGAUGUUUUUAAAUCUUUUAUUGUUUUAUAUUCAUCAAGUAACAAGAACUAAAUUGUUUUUUUUUCUUAUGCAGCUAGUGUACAGCAAAUGCUGAGUAUUAUUGAUGUUUUAUUCAUUAAUCAUUUGUUAUUUUUGCAAGACUGAAUUUGGUUAGCUAAUAUUGUUACUUUAUUCUUCAACCAAUUAAUACUGCCAAUUGAUUUUUACUGAAAUAAGAGUAUUUUGCUAUUUUU